UAGCGAAUCAGUUUUCGAAACAACUUCGCCCGAAGCGGUCGGUCAUUUGGAGACAACAUGCGAUACUGUGCUCACGCGUUCCUAUACGCUUGCGUCCCAAAAAUUCUAGCUGGUCCCCGAAUUUGAUAUUGUAAAUGCUGCGGACGGGUUGGUGCGGAUGUGGACAGUGAAACGACGAGGUUUUGUUUUGAAAUCAAAGCGAUCGCAAUACGCGUAAGCGUGUGUGCCCCUUCAGUUAACCGUUCAGAGAUUCUGGAAGAUUCGGCGGAGAUGCUCUAUUGAUCGUUCAUCAUCGUUAUUGAUUGGAUGCUGUGGUUAUCUUUUAGAAAAAGUUUGGAAUCUCGAGCGCACUAAAGAUACAGCGCAAUUUGGUGUUCAGUGUGUGUUUUUCUAUGGUUUCCUCCCAUCGAGAAGAAAACUCCCCGAGUACAACGAACCGUGACUGGGGAGUAGAAGCAGUGAGAGACAAGUGAAUGUCUUUCUCAAGACACAUAGGCCAGGUAGCGCGAAAAGCGAUUAUUAUACCUAGUAGAAGCUCCAAAAGUGCGUGACGAUUUUUUUGCUCAUCGAAGCAUUCGUUUACGAGAGGGGCGGUAGCGGAAGCCCUCUUUCAGUGUAACAACAUACUACUGGGUAGUGAGCCUGGCGCUAGUGAAAUUGUUUGUGCCGAGACGAAUAUGAUCAGCGGACGCAGCAGAAGCAUUUCGUGAAACGUAAGGAUACAGUUGGCUGAAAUUCCCCUUUGAUUUGAGUGCAUACGACAUAAGCAAGGCAGGAAUGAUGUCCGCCAACUAUGUGUUCAAAGUGAAGAAAGGCAUACACAAAGUGAUCUACGAUAAGCUCUACUUCAACUGUUCCACGUUCAGGAAGAUGCAUUACGAAGAAGUACCCGAUGCAUACGAUUACGGGUACAGUGGGAACCAUUCGUACCACCAACAGCACCCACCGCCCGAUGGCAGCAACGGAAGCUCCUGCGGUGGGGACGCUGUGAUGAUCAAAAUCGAUGUCCCUUCGCCGGCGCCCAGUGAACCGCGCUUUCCGAAAGAAAUUUGGAAAACGUUCAUAGCUCUUCUCAUGCUAGGCUUCAAUUUCGUUUUGGCCACAGUUUCACUUGCCAUGGUUCACGAUCGGGUACCGAAUCGCGAAACCUAUGGACCCCUGCCGGAUGUAGUGCUGGACAAUAUCCGACCUUUGGAAUGGGCGCUCGACGUCAGCGAGGUCCUAAUCAUGGUGGUGGUGAAUUCUUGCGUCCUUCUGAUCACUUUCCACAAGCAUCGGUUUAUAGUUAUGAGGAGGAUUUUCUUGCUGAUGUCGUUGCUCUACUUCAUGCGGUCGAUCACCAUGUACGUGACAGUACUGCCAAUUUCCAGUACCUCGUACUAUUGCAGCCCGAAGUCGAACGCAACGACGCCGCUGGAGAUCAUGAAACGUGCCUUCCAUCUCAUUUCCGGUUUCGGGUUGUCGAUCAAUGGCAAGCACACCUACUGCGGCGACUACAUUUACAGUGGCCACACGGUGACGCUGGUGAUGGGCUAUCUGAUCAUUGCUGAAUACUCACCAAAGAAGUUUUGGAUUAUCCACUGGCUUGCGUGGUGUGCCAGUUUGACGGGCGUAUCGAUGGUGUUGCUUGCCCACGGUCACUACACCGUCGACGUGUUGAUUGCAUACUACGUGACGACAAGACUGUUCUGGACGUACCACACUCUGGCGAACAAUAGUCUUCUGCUUAAGCAAAAUGGCCAUAACUAUAUCGGCCGCGAGUGGUGGUUCUUCAUCUUCCGGUACUUCGAGAAGAACGUACGCGGACCGGUACCGCUGCAGUAUGACUGUCCAUUACCGAUUCCAUGGACGAAAAGAGCGCUCAAACUGCCAAACCGGGACAGCUGAUCAUGAACUGCCACCACAGAAGCUUUGCUAGCAGACACAAGCGAAGACAUCACAGCACACUUCAGAAGGACAACGUGGCUCAGUGGAAGCCAAAGCAAUAGAUAGUAGGUAGUGAACCACCGUGUUUAGCUGUUUGUAGUUUAAAAUGGAAAAAAAAAUCUAUAUACUAAUACGCAGUAGAUGGUAGCGAAACGAAAAGUGUAAUGUAUGACCAUCGAAAAACGGAAGCAGCAAAUCCAAAACGCAUAAGACUUGAUUAUGAUCCUAUUUUUCUAGGAGUUAUCGUAAGUGUACCAAUUUGUUUUAAGUUGUAAAAAUAUUUAGCCAAUUGUCGUUCCAAUCAAUGAAUGAAUAACUCGUGUUGAUAUUUCUUUUAUGUAGAAACAGUUUGUAAAUAACGAACCAUAUUGGAAAAAAAGAAAGUUUAAACGUGAGAUACCGAUUUUUGGUGUAGUUUUAAAUUGUUGUAAGUUAACAUUGCUUGAAUAAAAAUAAAAAAACUGAAACGCAAAAUGGGAUUCCUGACCUCUGAAACCAAAACUGGCAGCCGAAGGCUUACUUCUAGUCAGUUGCCCAUGAAAAUGAUAGAGUCAUACAAGAUGCCAAUCUAGUACUAACAGUACAACAACAGUAAGGCCGAAUGCGAAUGGGCAUUUUACACCUAAAGUACAUCAAUAGAAAAGAAAAAUAUAUAAAAAAGAAAUUCUAAGCUGCCUUCUUACCAUUUAGGGAACCCCGUUUUAAAGAGAAUUAUGUAUCGAACACCAUGUGAUAAUCAGUAGAGACAAUUAAAUUUUACUGUAGUUGCUAGGAUAAUUACAAAAGACACACAUAUAAACUCCUGUAACAAACAAACAGAAUCAUUGAUAUCGGGUAGCAUAUCCACUUAUUUAUUUUUUGAAAAUAGGGAUAAUUACCGAGAGGAAUUUAAAUGAGAAUAGCAUUGAUCUUGAACAGAACAUGUUACUAACUACUUUCAAGUUGUUCUGCGAAUAACCAAUCAGUGCAU